GUUCUACCUGACGGUGACCACAACCUGGACCGUGCCCAGAAGGUGACCGAAGCGGUGGUGGCCGCGGUGUACAAGGCACUGAGUGACCACCACGUUUACCUGGAGGGCACCCUGCUUAAGCCCAACAUGGUGACCCCAGGUAUGUCGUGUCCUCAACGCAACACACCUCAAGAGAUCGCUCUGGCCACAGUGACCGCUCUCUCUCGCACCGUGCCCGCCGCUGUUGCCGGUAUCACCUUCCUCUCAGGUGGUCAGUCCGAAGAGGAGGCGUCAGUUCAUCUGGACGCCAUCAACAAGUGUCCAGGUCGCAAACCUUGGCCACUCACUCAGCUAGGCAGAGCUCUGCAGGCCUCUGUACUCCGCGCUUGGGCUGGAAACGAGGCCAACGUUGCAAGGGCCAGGGAUGAGCUCAUCAAGAGGGCUAAGGUCAGCCACAACUCUGAAGCAGCUCUGGGCAAAUACACGGCAGGAUCAGUUUCUGGAGCGGCAGGAGACGCCGGUCUCUUCAUUAAGAACCACACCUACUAGAAAUAGUCUCAAUUUGUUGUACUGAAAUUUA